CUGCUGCUCCUUUGAGGACUACAAACUGACCACCGAGUGGCUGCUGAACCACACGAGUCACCGUCCGAAGGUUGCAGUGAUCUGUGGUUCGGGACUCGGUCUGCUGGCCGACGGAGCAGCCAACAAACAGACCUUCAGGUAUCAGGACAUCCCCAACUUCCCCGUCAGCACAGUCGCGGGUCAUGAAGGCUGUCUGGUGUUUGGGACAAUCGAGGACACUGCCUGUGUCUUCAUGCAGGGUCACUUCCACCUGUACGAAGGUUACUCCCUCUGUCAGGUGACCUUCCCCGUCAGGAUCUUUAAGCUGAUGGGGGUGGAGUCUAUUCUGGUGACGAACGCUUCCGGAGGAAUCUGUCCGGACUUCAAAGUCGGUGACAUCAUGAUCAUCAAAGACCACAUCAACCUGCCGGGAUUCGCUGGACAACAUCCACUGUUUGGACCCAAUGACGAGCGGUUUGGGAUCAGGUUUCCCUGUAUGUCCGAUGCUUACAGUAAGGAUCUGCGGCGGCUGGCGGUCGAUGUGGGCUCUGAGCUUGGCUGCAGUGACUUCAUCAGAGAGGGAGUUUACUGCAUGGUGAGCGGACCGAACUUUGAAACCAUCGCUGAGGCCAGAAUGCUUCUGAUCCUGGGCUGUGACUCUGUGGGUAUGAGUACAGUUCCUGAAGUGACGGUGGCGAAGCACUGUGGACUCAGAGUUCUUGGUCUGUCCCUCAUCACCAACAUGGUGUCUCUGGACUACAGUCGGGAGGAGAAGGUGAACCAUGAGGAGGUUCUUCAGACCAGUAAGAUGAGGGCGGAGGUUCUGCAGAAACUUGUCACCAUGCUGAUCUCUCGCUGCCAGCAGCAGAGCAUCAACACCCACUGACGGAUCAACAGAGUCCACCUGUUCCCUCCUCACGGUGUUGUAACACCUGUCUGUAGAUGUUGUCUCAGCUUCACCUGCUGUGAACUGCAGGAGAGUUUGAAGUUUGUGCUUCUGCUGACUCACUAAAACUGUCCUUUAAAUAAAUCUGAA